ACGAUACCCUCUGAAAUUUGUGCAUUUCACAGAAAUUGAUUUACUCUUACGAUGAAGAAAUUGAUAGAAUUUGGGAAGAAAGCGAUGUUCUACGCUAGGGUUUUAUCGGGCUACGAAGAACGUCGUAUCAGAUCUUACCGUCUUGACCUCCAAAAACGUAUUACUGAGGCAGAACGGAAGAAAGCGGAGAUUAGAAAGAUCCCGGAACAACUUAUCCUAUCUGAGGUGCGACAAAUGGUGGAAGAGAUGCAAGCUGUGAAUAAGCAGUUAGAGGACACGGAGGCCGCCAUUAAUGAAUACUUCAAGCCAGUUGAUAAGCAAGCGCAGAUGAUAGUUGAAAAGAAGCUUCAAGAAGAGGAGAAAACGAUGAAGCAGAUGAUGCAUGCCAUGAAAGCACAAGCGUUGCUUGAUAACCAAGAAGCCGAGAAUAAUGCAAAUCUUAAUAUCCGCAAAGAUGAGGCAGCGUCAAGAUGAUUUAGAAAUGUAUUCUGCUGUUCGCCUUUUUGAUGGUAAUGUAUUUGCCAGGUCUCGUUUCUCAUGUUGUUUUGAGUAAUAAUAUAAGCGCUUUUAAUUAUGAAAUUGAGAUCUCAUGUUAUUGAUGCAUGCUUGUUCAGUCAUAGGAGCCUUUUGUUGAUUGUCGUUCAUCGUCUUCUUGAGAUAUAAAAUUUUAUGAACUAUUUGUGCA